AGGGCGGGCUUUCCGGGAGUGUGUUUCCGGCGUCGGCGGCCGCGGCCGGGGACGGUGUGAAAGCGGUAAGAUGGCGGCGGCGGCGGUGGUGGAGUUCCAGAGAGCCCAGUCUCUACUCAGCACCGACCGGGAGGCCUCCAUCGAUAUUCUCCACUCCAUCGUGAAGCGUGACAUUCAGGAGAAUGAUGAGGAGGCAGUGCAGGUCAAAGAGCAGAGUAUCCUGGAACUGGGGUCUCUCUUGGCGAAGACUGGACAAGCUGCAGAGCUUGGAGGACUCCUGAAGUAUGUGCGACCUUUCUUGAAUUCCAUCAGCAAGGCUAAAGCAGCUCGUCUGGUCCGAUCUCUUCUUGAUCUGUUUCUUGAUAUGGAAGCAGCUACAGGGCAGGAGGUCGAGUUGUGUUUAGAGUGCAUCGAAUGGGCCAAAUCAGAGAAACGAACUUUCUUACGCCAAGCCUUGGAGGCAAGACUGGUGUCUUUGUACUUUGAUACCAAGAGGUACCAGGAAGCAUUGCAUUUGGGUUCUCAGCUGCUGCGGGAGUUGAAAAAGAUGGAUGACAAAGCCCUUUUGGUGGAAGUACAGCUUUUAGAAAGCAAAACAUACCAUGCCCUGAGCAACCUGCCGAAAGCCCGAGCUGCCUUAACCUCUGCUCGAACUACAGCAAAUGCUAUCUACUGCCCCCCUAAAUUGCAGGCCACCUUGGAUAUGCAGUCAGGUAUUAUCCAUGCAGCAGAAGAGAAGGAUUGGAAAACUGCAUACUCCUAUUUCUAUGAGGCGUUUGAGGGUUAUGACUCCAUCGAUAGCCCAAAGGCUAUCACAUCCCUGAAGUACAUGUUGCUGUGCAAAAUCAUGCUCAACACCCCUGAAGAUGUCCAGGCUUUGGUGAGCGGGAAGCUUGCACUUCGGUAUGCGGGGAGACAGACAGAAGCAUUAAAAUGUGUGGCGCAGGCUAGCAAGAACAGAUCACUGGCAGAUUUUGAAAAGGCCCUGACAGAUUAUCGGGCAGAGCUCCGGGAUGACCCAAUCAUCAGUACACACUUGGCCAAGUUGUAUGAUAACUUACUGGAACAGAACCUGAUCCGAGUCAUUGAGCCUUUUUCCCGAGUUCAGAUUGAACACAUAUCUAGCCUCAUCAAACUCUCCAAGGCCGACGUGGAAAGGAAAUUGUCACAGAUGAUUCUUGACAAGAAAUUUCAUGGGAUCUUGGACCAGGGGGAGGGUGUCUUGAUUAUUUUCGAUGAACCCCCAGUAGAUAAAACUUACGAAGCUGCUCUGGAAACAAUUCAGAACAUGAGUAAAGUAGUGGAUUCCCUCUACAACAAAGCCAAGAAGCUGACAUAGAGUUGGAUCUGUAGCGGUCCUUUGGAGAGUGUGUGUGGCGGGAGAGUGAAACCUUUGGGGAAAAUGCUAGGAGAUUUUUUUCUUUUUGUUCUACUUUUCGCUCGGAAAGUUUUUAAAUCCUCAUUUGGUGCAUCUGUAUUCCAGCCAAUAGGUGUGCCAGUUUUCAUGUAAUCUUUACUGGCCCAACUUGGGAGUGGGGAAAUUGCUUAAAAAAAAAAGAAAAAGAAAAAAAAAAAAGGUUAUUCUAAAUAAAAGGAAAAAGGCUUACACUA